GGAACGAUGAGAUUGCUCCUGUAUCUGCUCUUCCUAAUGAUGGUCAAGCCCUCAAGGAGCUUUAAUGUUGACACUGGCAAGACGUGGAUGACCCCACACACGGCCUCUUUGUUGUGGCCCACGGUUCUUCAGCACUCGGAUGGGAACACAGCUAUGAUUUUGGCAACUUCCUCAGUAGACAGAGGCCUGGGCAGGCUGAGGAAGUGCACUGUUUUGCAGGAGGAGAUCCAGUGCCAGGAGAUACCUCUGAGAGGAAAGAUUAAAGGCUCCAAAAAUGUCCAGGAUGGUGGCAUAGCUAUUGACAGGAAUUCAGAUUGGAUCCUGGCCUGCCUGCAGAAGAAGCACCGCCGAGCCUUCACCACGACCGAGGACAUGAGCGGAGUCUGCACCCUGCUCACCAGCGACCUGCACAGCGCGGCUUUCCUCAACCUCACCAACAUGGUUGAGACCAAACUAAAUGGCAUUCAGAGGAAACCCAGCAACGAGGAGACUGCUGGCAGCAGCAGUGCUUGUGGUGAGCUCUUCGGCAGCACAGGAAACAACCACAGCUGCAAAGAGGUGGGAGCAGAGAUUGCUGUCAUUCUGAGUGGAUCAGAGAACACCGAGCCCCGUGAUUUCCAAAACGCCAAGACCUCUGUCCUCAAUCUGAUGAAGUCAAUGUGGCAGAAAUGCUCAAAGGUCAGGUUUGCUGUGGUGCAGCAUGGAGCUCAGAUCCAAACUGAACUGAGCCUGCAAGAAAGCUGCAACAGACUAAGUGCCUUCUUCAAAGUCCGAAACAUCAAGCAGCAGAGCUCCCGGACUGACGUGGCAGCCACACUGCAGCAUGUGUUGGAUAAAGUCUUUGAAAGCCACAGCUCCAGCCAGAAUGUUGAGAGGAUUAUCAUUGUCAUGGCAUCUGGGCAAGUAUUUGUGGAAAACCAUAGGCUGAGAAAUGUGAUGAACUCCCUGGAAAUGGCUCUGGUCAAACUCUAUGCUCCUGGGAUUGGAGAGUUCAUAAGCAACAAGUGGGUCCCAGAAGAGCUGCAAAAAGUUGGAGGUGACUGGUUGGUGCUGUCCACAUAUGAAGAUUUUGACAGUUUCCUUCUGGAGUUGGAGAGAGAGACUCUGAGUGAUCCAGCUGAAAAUAUUCCAACUGAAGAACCAGAGCACGGAGACACUGACAGUGGUGACAGCAAGUUCCCUCCCUGGAUGGAGGAGGACAAAGAGGAGGAGGAGGAAGAUGACCUGCCUUCUGGAACAGAGAUUGCUUUUAUCCUGGAUGGAUCAGGGAGCAUUACACCAGAAGAUUUUGAAAGGGCAAAAGCAUUCAUCCACAAGAUGAUGAAAACGCUGUAUAAGAAGUGCUUUGAGUGUGAUUUUGCAGUGGUGCAGUAUGGGUUUGAAAUCAGAACCGAGUUUGACCUGAGAGAAAACUUGGAUCCUCGUGCCACCCUCCAGAAAGUCCUUGAUAUUGUGCAGGUGUGCAACGUGACAAAGACAGCAUCUGCCAUGCAGCAUGUCCUGGAUUCCAUCUUCACUGAAAGUCACGGGUCCCGCAGGGAUGCAGCCAAGGUCAUGGUUGUGCUUACAGAUGGGGAAAUACUCCUGGAUGAAAUGAACUUGACAACAGUGAUAAAUUCACCCCAAAUGGCAGGAAUCAAGCGCUAUGCCAUCGGGGUGAGUUGGGAAUCUACUUGGGCCCUAAAUGAAUUGCGGUUAAUUGCAUCUGGUCCAGAUGACUCUAAUGUAUUUCAGGUGACCAAUUAUUCAGCCCUAGAUGGGCUGCUUUCAACCCUGCAGCAGAGUAUUAUUGGUAUAGAAGGUACCCAGGGUGAUGCUCUGGAAUUUGAGCUUGCACAAGCUGGUUUCAACGUGCAGAUCUUGGAUAAGCAAGUCUUGGUGUUUGGUGCGGUGGGCGCCUUCGACUGGUCUGGUGGCAUUCUGCUGUAUGAUCUGGCAACCAGCACUGCUGUUUUCCUGAAUGAAUCUAAAGAAGAAGCCAAAAAAGCUAAAUACAGUUACCUAGGGUACAGCGUGGCAGUGGCACACACAGAGUAUGGACCCUUGUAUGUGGCUGGAGCUCCACGACACAGCAUGAGAGGGAAGGUGUUGGUGUUUCAGGAUGGCCACUUAAAGCAAACCCUGCAAGGAGAACAGGUUGGAUCUUAUUUUGGAUCUGAGCUCUGCCCACUUGAUGUGAACCAUGAUGGGAUGACAGAUCUUCUCCUUGUUGGAGCUCCGUUUUACCACGUCCGAGGGGAAGAAGGAAGGGUUUACGUCUAUCGCCUGGAGACAGAGACUGGUUUAUUCACCUUGCAAGGACACUUAAAUGUGCAGGUGACCUCUCCUUUUGCAAGGUUUGGGUUUACUGUGGCUACCAUUGGAGACAUCAAUGGGGAUGGAUAUGAGGAUAUUGCAGUUGGAGCCCCCCUUGAAGAUCAGCUUUCAAACAGUUCCUCUUUUGGCAGCAUUUACAUCUUUAAUGGUGAUAAAGACAACAUCAAGAGCUCUUUUUCUCAAAGAGUAAAAGCCUCUGAAAUUUCUUCAGGACUGCAGUAUUUUGGACAAUCCAUUGAUGGUGGCUUUGACUUCACUAAUGAUGGUCUCCAAGAUAUCACAGUGGGAUCCCUGAAGAACGUGGUUGUGCUCCGGUAG